CCCGGGAUCCGGACCUUCAUCAGCAACUUUUACAAGAUAUCCGAUAAUCAGGAGGCGAAUGCGCUGUGGGUUGACCAGUUUACCAAGGAUGCGCAUGUAGCUAUUGGGCCUGGCAAGGCGGAUGGAGCGGAAGAGCUCCGCACAAUGCGCGAGGGGAUGUGGUCCGUCGUGGCAGAACGAAAGCACACAGUCACUCAAGUGUUCCCGGGGCGGUUCAACGACACGGAAGACAGCAAGGGAUGCGAGCUGAUGCUGCACGGCGACGUGGCGUACAAGACCAAGGACGGCAACUCGAGCACAAUUCCAUGGGCAGGACACGGGGUUCUGAGAAAGGUGCGGGAUGAGGCCGGGGAGGAGGCGUGGAAGUUUGCGCAGUAUCGGGUGUAUCUG